GCUGAACCGUGAUUGGUGGAUUGAGGGGGGCGGUAACUAUACAUUCAGGAAGAGGUCCAUGGACUGUAAACUCUGCUGGCUUGCUAGGUGAAUCCGAUUGAAAAAUAACUCCGUUUGGUCGUUAAAUCGUCGUUAACCAUGUCUGCAAGAAACCCGGGCAUGCCCCUUGACCUGGAAUGGGUGUCCAAGGUGCGGGUGAACACCCAGGCAGUGCUGAAGAGAGCUCAGCAGAUCCAAGGACGCAAUAAGAACAAGAAACAGUGGCAGGCGGCGUGGCUGCUGCGGGCGGUGACCUGUAUUGACCUGACGACCCUGGCCGGUGACGACACGCCCGGCAACGUCCACCGGCUGUGUAUGAAGGCUACCCAGCCGGUACGCUACGACCUGCUGAAGAGCAUGGACAUGCAGGACAAAGGUGUGACUACUGCAGCGGUGUGCGUGUACCCAUCUCGUGUGGCUGAUGCUGUGAAGUCACUGAAAGCAGCCAACUCCAGCCUACCUGUCGCCUCAGUGGCGACCGGUUUCCCUGCAGGCCAGACCUCUCUGAAGACCAGGCUGCAGGAGGUCCGUAUGGCUGUAGAGGAUGGAGCUAUGGAGAUCGAUAUAGUCAUUAACAGGACUCUGGCCCUCACUGGCCAGUGGGAAGCCAUGUAUGAGGAGGUGUGUCAGUUCAGAGAGGCCUGUGGGGAGGCUCACAUGAAGUCCAUCCUGGCUAUAGGAGAGCUGGGGACCUACACCAAUGUCUACAAGGCUAGUCUGGUGGCUAUGAUGGCUGGGUCGGACUUCAUCAAGACGUCAACAGGGAAGGAGUCUGUCAACGCCACCUACCCUGUCGCCAUAGUGAUGGUCAGAGCCAUCCGGGACUACUUCCUGAAGACUGGACAUAAGGUUGGUUUUAAGCCUGCUGGUGGGAUCCGUACAGCCAAGGAGUCGUUGGUGUGGCUGACUCUGAUGAAGGAAGAGCUGGGAGACGAGUGGCUGAGCCCUCGCCUCUUUAGACUGGGGGCUAGUAGCCUGCUGGCUGACAUAGAGAGACAGAUCUACCAUCACGUGACUGGUCGCUACGCAGCCUAUCACCAGAUGCCCAUGGCCUGAAACCACGGUUACCAUUU